CCGACGACAUAUACAGUGACAAAACAGCUAAAAUUUUUACAGAAAUUUAGCAGCUCCACCCGACAACACCUCAAGCUCCCAACAAGCCUGCUAGCAUGUCUGUCAACUACAUUCUCUCGCUCUUGACGCCCUUGCGCAUCGCCACGCUUUCUGCGACCGUCUCAUCGAGCGCCUUCCUUUUUGGCAAUGCAGGCUGCUCCAUCUUUGGACCUGUCCCAUAUAUUCUUCAGCUCCCUCCCAGCUCUGACAAGGCAGACGGCGACGCGCUCUCUGCUGUGCAGCGCGCAAAGCUCUGGGCCUACAUGUAUAAAGGCGCUAUGCCCGUCAUGAUUGCCAUGCUUGGCUCAAGCGUGGUGGCUUUCUCUACGGCUGCGUAUCUAUUCUCUUAUGUGGACGCCACGCAACAAGGCAAGACAGGUAAGACAGUCGCCAUCAUCGGCGCUGUCAUCAGUGCACUUGUGCCACCCUUUACCGUCUUCAAGAUGGCGCCCACCAACAAGAUCCUGCUGUCUGUGGCUGCCCAGGAUCCAGGAUCUGAAGUGCAUGCCAAGUAUGUCGAUCGCUUGCUUGUGAAGUGGCGCGGUCUGCACUUGUAUCGCGAGGUUGCGGGUGUUGCCAUGCUCGGCUGUGCGCUGACGCUUUGCAACAUGCACUAGGUAUCUCUGUCUCUAGCAUCUCUUUAAGCCAUCG